AUGUUUAGCAACUAUGUACUUAGCAGAGGAAACGCGUCUGCUUACGGUCGCUCCACGGCCGGGUGUACAUUCGGAAGCAGGCUGGGUACGCCAAACCCCCGCUAUCUCAACGGCCUCAUAGAUGAAUAUUAUCGCCCCAUGCCUCGAUACAGUCGACGAGCAAGCGGCUCGCGGUCCCGAUCCCACAGUCCCUCCAGUGUGCGAGUGCAAAGCAAUGGCAAAAAGACCAGCAGGCCCUCCAGCAACCGCUCCAGGGGUUCCCGAGCAAGCAGCACUACCAAAGAUGCUGGCCGAGAACCCUCCAUCGCUUAUCCUCCGUGGUACAACGACGAAGACAUACGGAGAUUCGAGCUUGUGCGGCGGAUCAGAGAAGAAACAAGCCGUGUUCCUAAAAAUAGUGAUAAGUACGACCUCGUUAGUGGCCUCAGCAGACCUACAAGCGCUAGUAGCAGAAGCAGUAGCAGGGCUAGUAGUCGCAGGGGUUCGUUCACAGAGCACAACCACAACAUGUGGGAACCUGCCAGAACCCAGAAGGCGACCAGGCGAGAUGCCCAGAAGACUAUUCAACGGCUUGUCCGGGCGCAAUCUCGAGACAAGAAGGUUGUCUUCGACACACCCGUAGUAGCUCAGCAGCCCAUCCACCCGGUCGUUGCGACAGACAGCCGGCACCAUAUCGACACAUCUUCCGACUCAUGCGAAAUCGCCGAUGCGCGCCCGCGGCUAUCAACGCUUCAAUUUUACGGCAAGUUCCUGGGGUCCCAGGCUCUACUAAAGAGACGUGCCCGGAGGUUGCAAUCUCUUUUGGAUGAGACACCCGUGUUCUAUGCACCCAAUGGUGAUACAGUCGUUUUGCAAGAUGCAGAGACCUCGGACUCAUCUUCUACAGACACAGAACACUUGGCACGCAAUGCCAUUUCGGGACUCAUGAACCUGAUCUCCGAAGACGGGGGUUCCUUGUCAAAGCCCGUUCGUACAAGGUCUAAUAGAAGAUACGCAAACGAGCAUAGGCAGGAUAUCUCUAUGGACGAGUGCAUAGACCUGUCAAAGCCAGGCGGAGUUUUGCUUACUGAUCGGAACUCACUCGAGUCGCGGUACCGCUUGUACAAUCAGCAGCGCGUUCUGCGGCCCAUGCUAGACCAGUCUACUGGAUAUCCAUCUAAGUAUGCGAGGGAAUAA